UGGAAAGCUUCGCUGGGCCGUAGCUUGGCAGACCCGGCACCUUGCCAUGACCAAAUUUCCUAUUGAGCGACGUUAGGGCGUUUGCUGCACCUCGCCCUACGUCGCCCCGUUCGGUGGCUCCUAUCAAUGUGCAUGCUGUUCUUGUCCUAUAUCAAGGCGAUUUGAUUGGUUUAUCUCUGCACUCGCAAAGAUCUCACUGGAGCCCUGAUCCACCUGGAUGGUCACUUCUGGUUCUCCUCGUAUAGCAAACGGCGAGAUCAUUGUGAUGCCUCUUGUCCAUGCAAUGCCCCCGAGAAAGCCUACAACGCCUCUUCCACAAUUCCAGACAGGCAUGCUUAUGAUGUUUGAACUGGCGGAAAUUAUAGCUUCGAUGUCUAUAUACCCGUACAUCAAUCAGCUCAUCAGAGAAAUUGACAUCACUGGAGGUGAUGAUGCGUCUGUAGGAUACUAUGUUGGAUUAAUUGAUUCUCUGUUUUACCUUGCACAGGCGCUGACAGUAUUGAGCUGGAGUCGGUUGUCCGACCGAAUUGGACGCAAGCCGGUGUUAUUAAUCGGACUAACAGCAGCUUGCAUUUCGAUGAUAUGUUUCGGCCUUUCGACGACCUUCUGGAGCCUGGUCAUCAGCCGCUGCAUGUGGGGUGUAUUGAAUGGCAACACUGGAGUCAUGAAGACCGUGAUGGGUGAAUUGACGGACUCUACAAACAUGGCUCAAGGAUUUGCCUUGAUUCCGAUCAUCUGGUCCAUUGGAAGUUUUGUUGGCCCUUUAAUGGGGGGAAUGCUUGCGCGGCCGCAGGAUCACUGGCCUGGAUUAUUCACUAAUCCAUUUUGGAGAAAAUACCCGUACUUUCUUCCUUGUGUAGCGUCGGCUUCUCUGCUCCUCUUGGCUUUUUUCAUGCUGUCACGCUUCUUAGAAGAAACAUUGUCAACCAAGCGUCGACCAAGGUUGACAUUGUCCAUUCCCGACGUCUCUCAUGAUGUCGACAGUAAUGACCAGGAAGCGUUUGUGCGACAACCCACGGCAAAUGCGUCCUUGUGGUCUCUGCUUACACCUGCCAUUGUUAUUCCGAUCGCAAACUAUGCUAUGCUGUCCUUCCUUGACAUGUCUUUCAGGGUUCUCGUACCGUUGUUCCUUUCCACGCCCACCCAUCUUGGCGGUAUGGGUCUUACUCCUUCUUCUAUUGGUUUGUGGCUGGCGUUCUAUGGGAUCGUGGACGGACUCUUUCAGGCAUUGUUCUUGGCCAAAAUUGUUGAUUGGGUUGGUCCCAAACGCCUAUUCUGUGUAUCAGUGUCGUGCUUCACACCGCUAAUGGUCGUGUUUCCGACAAUGUCGUGGCUGGUAUGCACAAGGGGGGUGGUUGAUCAUGCAAUUAUGUAUGCCUUGCUUGGCCAGCUGAUUCUGACGGUAACUUGGGAUAUGGCAUUUGCUACUGCUUUAAUGUUUGUCACAGCUUCUGCCCCUACGAAGAAUGUUCUUGGCGUUGUCAAUGGUCUCUCCCAAAGCUCCAGAUCGAUCGCUUGUGCCCUUGGGCCUGCCCUAACCACAUCACUCUUCGCAUUCUCAAAAAAAUACAAUGUUCUCAGUGGAAAUUUACUGCCAGAUAAAAUACGAGACAGGGAUGAGUGAAAGACAGUUCAACAGGCCUGUCGGUUCCCGCACAGAAUCAUGUCGGAUAUAGAAAAUGUACCCUGCUGCCCCAUUGAUUGACUCAGACGCAUACUUAAUACAUGUACUAUCAUUCCGGGUAAUCUGCAACAUUUUCAGCAAAUCUUUUGUAGCUCGUCAAUCACUUCAUAUUAUCUUCCA